AUGUCUUCAUUCCAUCAUCUUGUUGUAUCUCGUUCUCUUCCUUUGUGGCUUUUAUUUUUUCUCAUCUUCUUAGUAUUACUCGGGAAAUCUCAAAAAGAAGUCUUACAAGUUAAAGUGGGAAUUGUUCUUGACACUAAUGGGACAUUACCAGAUUUGAGCUUACGAGCUAUCAACAUGUCUCUCGCAGAAUUCUAUAAUACUCAUAAUGGUUUCAAGACAAGGAUUGUCCUCAACAUCCGAGAUUCCAAACAAACUGUUGUUGGUGCUGCAGCUUCAGCUUUAUACUUGAUAAAGAAGAGGGAAGUGGUGGCCAUUAUCGGACCAGGGAAUUCAAUGCAAGCUCCAUUUUUAAUCAACCUCGGAAAUCAAUCUCAAGUUCCAAUCAUUUCAUUCUCUGCAACAAGCCCUCUUCUUGAUUCUCUUCGUAGUCCAUAUUUCAUUAGAGCCACACACGACGAUUCGUCUCAAGUCCAAGCCAUUAGCGCCAUCGUAGAGUCAUUUAGAUGGAGAGAAGUUGUGCCUAUUUAUGCAGACAAUGAGUUCGGAGAAGGUAUUCUUCCUUACAUAUUGGAUGCUUUUCAAGAGAUCAACGUUCGUAUCAGAUACCGAAGUGCCAUAUCAGUACAUUCAUCUGAUGACCAAAUCAAGAAAGAGCUUUACAAAUUAAUGACCAUGCCCACUAGGGUGUUUAUCGUGCACAUGUUACCUGAUCUCGGAUCAAGGGUUUUUUCGAUAGCGAAGGAGAUUGGUAUGAUAAGUAAAGGAUAUGUAUGGAUUGUUACAAAUGGUAUAGCCGAUCUCAUGAGCUUAAUGGGGGAAUCCAACUUGGAUAAUAUGCAUGGUGUCUUGGGUGUCAAGACAUAUUUCUCAAGAUCAAAAGAGCUAAAGUAUUUUGAAGCUCGUUGGCGAAAAAGAUUCGGAGGAGAAGAACUAAACAACUUUGAAUGUUGGGCUUACGAUGCGGCAACAGCACUCGCAAUGUCAUUUGAGGAAAUAAGUAGUAACGUAAACAUGAGUUUCAGUAAGGCCAAAAGAAACACUUCAAUCGAUGGGACUGAUCUUGAUGAUCUCAGCUUCGCUCUCUCUGGUCCCAGACUUCUUCAAGCAUUGACUACAGUAAGUUUCAAAGGUGUUGCCGGGAGAUUUCAGCUAAAAAAUGGAAAGCUAGAGGCCAAGACUUUCAAGAUAAUCAAUAUAGAGGAAAGCGUGGAAAGAACAGUUGGAUUUUGGAGAUCAAAAGUAGGAUUAGUGAAGAACCUAAGAGUGAAUCAAACAGGCAUCAAAAUAUCACACAGCUUGCACCGCCUUAGACCGAUAAUAUGGCCUGGGGACACAACUUUUGUACCCAAAGGCUGGGAAUUGCCAACAAAUGCAAAGAAGCUGAAAAUAGCAGUUCCAAAGAAGGAUGGUUUCAACAAUUUUGUGGAGGUAACAAAAGAUGCAAACACUAAUGCUCUAACAAUCACCGGCUUUUGCAUAGAUGUUUUCGACACCGUAAUGAGACAAAUGCCAUAUGCUGUCCCCUAUGAGUACAUCCCGUUUGAAAGCCCUGAUGGAAAAUCACGUGGAAGUUACGACGAAAUGAUUUAUAGUGUGUUUCUUGGGGAGUUUGAUGGAGCAGUAGGGGAUACCACAAUCUUAGCUAAUCGGUCUGCAUACGUCGAUUUCGCAUUGCCAUACUCGGAGACGGGUAUUGUAGUCUUGGUGCCAGUCAAGGAUGAGAGAGAGAAAGGAAAAUGGGUUUUCUUAAAGCCUUUAACCAAGGAGCUGUGGUUUCUCACUGGUGCUGCUUUUCUCUACAUAGCAAUCAUGGUUUGGAUUUUUGAGUACCAAGCAAGUGAUGGUUUCAGGGGACAGGGGAUACUUGAUCAAAUAUCUAAUGUGUUCUACUUCUCUUUUUCAACUCUCUUUUUCUCACACAGGACGCCAUCAGAGAGCGGUUUCACUAGGGUUCUUGUGGUGGUGUGGUGUUUUGUGGUGCUUAUUCUGACUCAGCUUUACACAGCAACAUUGACAUCAAUGCUUACGGUUCAAGAACUUCGACCAACAGUGAGACACAUGGAUGAUCUGAGGAAGAGCGGAGUUAACAUUGGAUAUCAAAAAGGUUCGUUUACAUUUGAAAGGCUGAAACAAAUGCGUUUCGAUGAAUCGAGGUUGAAGAUGUAUAAUUCUCCUGAAGAAAUGCGUGAACUGUUUCUUAAAAGUAGCAGCAAUGGUGGUAUUGAUGCUGCAUUCGACGAAGUUCCUUAUGUCAAGCUUUUCAUGGCUAAAUAUUGCUCAGAGUAUUCCAUUAUCGAGCCUACCUUUAAGGCUGAUGGCUUUGGUUUUGCCUUUCCUUUGGGAUCCCCGUUGGUGUCAGACAUUUCAAGACAGAUCUUGAACUUAACGGAGGGAGAGACCAUGAAAGCUAUAGAGAACAAGUGGUUGCUUGGAGAAAAACAUUGUCUGGACUCAACCACAUCGGAUUCUCCAAUCCAGCUCGAUUACAACAGCUUCGAAGCUCUAUUUCUGAUCGUUCUUGUUGUUUCUAUGCUUUUAUUCUUUGGCAUGUUGGUUUCUAGAAGAUACCAACAAAGACAACAUGGCGGCGAGAUCAACGCUGCAACUAGUCCGCCAAGAGAUGAUGGUGACAUGAGAACUACAACAACUAGUCCGCCAAGUAAUGAUGUGACCAGAACUCCGACUAGUCUGACAACUGAUAAUCAAGUCCAUGAGCCACCUGCAAUAAACGAAGGUCAAGCCAAUGCACCAGAUGCUCAAGAUCACCUUCUAAAUGAUGAAGGUAAUGUCAGAGAUCGAAAUAGAAUUGUGGAUGAUCCAGCUUUAAAUCACCGUAGACAUUUGAUCACCUCAAAGAGUAUACACUUCGGAAGAGCUGCGCUGCCGUCUAGCUCGAGGAUCAAGUCCGCAUAGGCUCUGAUCAAUAAAAAGAAACUGAACACUCUUGUUACUGUUAAGGUUUUACUUACGUGUGCGCUAAGAAAAGAAAAAAAAAAUUGUAACCUAAAAUAAGAUACUUUUUUCGCAAGCAAAGCUACAUAUGAAGCCAAAAAAAACACAUUACGUCUUUGUUGUUGUUGUUGUUGUUGUUAUUUCUAAAUUCAU